AUUGCCACCAGCUGGUCUGCAUGACAUCAAGGGAAAGGAUCGUUGUGCCCAUCCGGGCCAUUGGUGCCCGAGCUGUCCUGGACUUCCCUGCCCAGCUGGACUCCUCCAAGUGUGCAGUCCAGGGCAGCACCCAGAAGACUCUGCUGGUGCACAGUGUCGGUACCCGGGCAGCUCGUUACCAGCUGAGCACCCAGAGGCUUUCCCUACACCCAGCGCUGUCGCCUCACCAACAGCUCCGCGGUGCCGCUGACGUUCCAGCUCCGCAUGUCGGACGAUGGCACGCAGCCGGCUGUUGACAGCGUGGAUCAGAUCCGCAGGCACAGCGACCCAGCCUGGAGGAAGGGAAUCCACUUCUAUGUGGAGCCCAGGGAGUUCACCAUGAAUCCCAGCCGAGGGACCAUCCUCCCCCAGGGACACCAGGACAU